AUGGGAGACGCAGAAGUGACCGCCAGCAACUGGAGACUCGUCGAGGUCGGCCGUGUCGUGCUCUUCGCCACCGGUCCAUUCGCCGGCAGGACCGCUGCCAUUGUCCAGAUCAUCGACCACAAGCGCGUCCUCGUAGAUGGCCCAUCAUCGGUUGAGGAGCUCGCCGUUCCACGUCACGCUGCUCCUCUCAAGAGCCUGUCCCUCACCAACAUCGUCAUCCCCAAGCUCCCAAGAGCCGCUGGUUCCGCAGCCCUCAAGAAGCAGUGGGAGGCCGCUGACGUCGAUGCYAAGUGGACUGGAAGCUCCUACGCGAAGAAGAUGGAGCAAGCAUCGCGGAGAAAGCAGCUGAACGACUUUGAGCGCUUCAAGGUCAUGCGUUUGAGGAAGCAGGCUCGCUUCGAGGUUCGCAAGGCCAUUGCCUCGGCCAAGGCCAGCGCAUAA